AUGGAGCUGCCGUUUGGUGAGUUUGAUUUAAUAUUGCGUAUGGAUUGGCUGGUGAAACACCAAGCCACUUUGGAUUGCGCUACAAAGCGAAUGGUGUUAAGAACAACAGAGGAUAAGGAGGUGGUGGUGAUUGGUGAAUGCUGGAACUAUCUGUCGAAUGUGAUUUCGGCAUUAAGGACUGAGAAGUUGGUACGAAAGGGAUGCAAACCCCAUUUGGCUUAUAUUAGCGAUACGGAGGUUAAGAGCUCUACUAUUGAGGAGUUGAGAACGGUUAAGGAAUUUCCUGAUGUUUUUCCCAAGGAGCUGCCGGGAUUGCCGCCCAGCAGAGAAGUAGAAUUUGGAAUCGAGUUGUUACCUGGGUGUUACAGGCGGUUUGUUGAGGGUUUUUCAGUAAUUCCUGCACUGUUAACUAAGUUGUUGAGGAAGGGAGUACCGUUUGAAUGGAUGGACAAGAAGCAAGAGAGUUUUGGAAAGCUUAAGAAGGUCUUAACUGAGGCCCUUGUGUUGAUUCAGCUAGAGCCUAGAAAAGAGUUUACGGUUUAUAGUGAUGCGUCGCAUGUGGGCUUGGGCUGCACGUUGAUGCAAGAAGGAAAGGUUGUUGCUUAUGCGUCACGACAACUUAAGACUCACGAGGAACCCACGUACACUUUACGAUUUUGGAAGAAGCUGCAUGAGGCGAUCCUGCUACAGGAAAACAGGAACGACGGAGAGCUUUCCCCCCUCCGACUCUUUGGUACUAGGUUGAACUUCAGUACGACAUUCCACCCUCAAACUGAUAAACAGUCCGAAAGGGUGAUCCAAGUUCUGGAAGACAUGUUGAGAGGAUGUGUAAUUGAGUUCCGAGGUAGCUGGGAAGACUUUUUGCCGUUAGCCGAAUUCGCGUACAAUAAUAUUUAUCAAGAAAAGUUAGUAGCAGAUACUGUGGAUAAGGUAAAAUUGAUUCGGGAUCGGUUGAAGGAGGCCUCGGAUAGGCAGAAGUCGUAUGCUGACCUUAAGCGUCGAGAGAUAGAGUAUGCCGUGGGGGACUUAGUUUUUCUUAAGGUCUCUCCGUGGAAGAAGGUGUUAGGGUUUGGAUGGAAGGGGAAGCUAAGCCCAAGGUUCAUUGGGCCAUAUCGGGUUGUGAGGCAGAUUGACCCAGUCACUUACCAGUUGGAAUUACCUCCUGAACUAAGCAAGAUCUACGACGUGUUUCGUGUUUCCAUGCUGAGAUAG